UCCUCCUCCUCCUCCUCCUCCUCCUCCUCCUCCUCCUCUUCUGUCUCGCCAUGCUUCCGCGACGAUUGAAGAAGAAGAAGAAACAUAACCAGUGGAGGCGUACGAUGAGGAUCGGGCUGGCGACGACGACGGCCUCCAGGAGACUCCCGAGGAUCAGGACGAGGGGACGCAGCCAUAUUGGCGCGAGCGGGGAGCCCUGGGUGGGGGCACCUGCGCGGGCCCACGGGACGGGCCGCGCGCUCCCCGGCAGGCGGGACGGCCACGGCCGCGCGGCGUUCACGGCCGACGCGCUUUGGCCGGCCGCGGGCGCUGAGCCGGUGCUCGCCCAGGGGCCCUGGGAGGCGCUGGGCUCCUUCGCGGCCGGGCGGCCGGCCGCAGUGGCGCGCGGUUGGACCGAGGAGACGGAGGGCGGCACCGCUGGAGCCCUUUGCAGCGGCGCGCUGGCGGCGGGCGCGUCGCCCUGGUACGCGAGCUUCGUCCUGGAGGGCGGCGACGCGCGGGCGCUGGUGGCCGCGCUCUGCCCCGACCCCCCCGGCGGCACGGCCGCCGCGGAGGCGCUCGGGGCGGCGGGCCGGCCCACGGGCGUGGCCUGGGCCUUCUUCGGGAGCAACCCGGGCGGCGGCCCGCUGCUUGGGAAGUCGCGGGCGAAGAGCUGAUGCUCAGAGGAGGACAAGGUACCCAUAUCUCUACCCUUUCCCCGUUUUUCCCCUUUUUGGGCCUCCCGGGAGGCCCUCGUCGCCACCGCUGGAUUCGCCUCGAAAUUCUAGUCAGAACGCACCCCGGGAGAGGUCAGGGGAGUAGCGGUAUCGGUACCUUUUUGGUCUCCCCAGAUCCGCAGUAUAUACCAGACCACCCCAACCCGAUCCGUUU